AUGGGGUUGGAGGCUACUAUGAUAAUUAUCGACAACUCCGAUUAUAUGAGAAAUGGAGAUUAUCUGACCACCAGGUUCAACGCACAAUUAGACACUGUUGAGAUGAUAUUCAGAAGAAAGAUUGGAUCGAAUCCGGAAUCUUCGGUGGGGUUGAUCUCCAUGUCUGGAGAAUCCGUGCAGGUUCUGGCUACUUUGACAACGGAUUUCGGGAGAAUACUGUCUGGAAUCCACCAAACUCACAUCAAGGGCAAAUCUCACUUGUUGACUGGAUUGCAAGUUGCAGCAUUGGCCUUAAAACAUCGCCAGAACAAAGUGCAGCACCAGAGAAUCGUGUGUUUCGUGGGCAGUCCGAUUGAUGAAUCAGAAUCUGAACUAGAAAAGCUGGCAAAGAGACUGAAGAAGAACAACGUAGCCGUUGACUUCAUCAAUUUUGGCGAGGAAUCGAAAAACACGUCCAAGCUGGAGAAAUUCAUCUCGGUGGUCAACAACCAUGAUAACUCCAACCUGGUGACUGUACCACCAGGGCCAAGGCUACUCUACGAGAGUGUUGGAUCUUCUUCUAUGUUUGAAGAUGACAAUGGAAUGGGAAUGAUGGGCGCAGGCGAUGGAUUUGAUUUUGGUGACGCUAGCAUGGACCCAGAGCUGGCUCUAGCGCUAAGUUUGUCGCUGGAGGAAGACAGGGCCAGGCAGGAGAGAGAACGCACCGAGCGCGAGAAGAAUCAGCCCAGUACAUUGGAAAAUGUCCCAGAGGAGACAAACGAGGGUUCUAGCGAGGUAAAGGAUGCCGAUACCGAUAUGAAGGAUGCCGAGGAUUAG